UCAGAAACAAGCAGAAACUCUGACACAGCAGAAUCGCAUUCAUUUGAAAGUGAAGAACAAAAAAAAUGGGCGAAUACGAAUUCGAAGAGCGAAAAUUCGAACCAGAAGAAGAAGAAGAUCACACUCAUAAUCAAAACGAUUCCUCUCCACAACCACCUCCUGCUGACGACGAUCUCACCGACUCCAAAUCUAACUAUGAUUCUCGUGAUAAUGAAAGAGAAUCCUCGAGAAGUAGAGAAAAGGAGCUGGAGAAUGGGAGGGAGAAGGAGAGGAAAAGGGAAAAAGGAAGAGACAGGGAGAGAAGCAGAGAUAGGGAUGGGGAGAGAAGCAGAGACAGGGAUGGGGAGAGAAGCAGGGACAGGGAUGGAGAGAGAAGCAGAGACAGGGUCAGAGAUAGGGAGAGAAGUAGGGAAAGGGGAAGAGACAGGGAGAGAAGCAAAGACAGGGAACGUGAUCGGGACGUGGAGAAGGAUAGGGUUAAGGACCGUGAUCACCAUCAUAGAGACCGACACAGGGAUCGUGGUGAGAGAAGGGUGAGGGAUAGAGAUGACGAUGAUCAGUACAGAAGCCGAGGCUAUGACAGACGAAGGGACUAUGAUCGAGAGGAUAGGCAUAGGACUAGGCGCAGGUCUCGAUCUAGAUCAAGGUCAAGAGCCCGAUCUGAGCAUAGAUCAAGGUCACGUUCUCGUUCACGCUCAAAAAGCAAAAGGACUAGUGGUUUUGACAUGGCUCCCCCUGCUUCUGCAAUGUUAGCAGGUGCUUCUGCUGUUGCAGGUCAGAUUACUGGGGCAAGUCCUGCAAUUCCUGGAAUGUUCCCAAAUAUGUUUCCCAUGGCUACAAGUCAGUUGCAGCAAUUUAAUACUCUUCCUGUCUUGCCUGUUCAGGCUAUGACACAACAGGCUACACGACAUGCUAGGCGGGUGUAUGUUGGGGGCCUCUCUCCUACAGCUAAUGAGCAGUCAGUUGCAACUUUCUUCAGUCAGGUUAUGGCUACAAUCGGAGGAAACACCGCUGGUCCAGGUGACGCCGUUGUGAAUGUUUACAUUAACCAUGAUAAGAAGUUUGCCUUCGUGGAGAUGAGGUCUGUCGAGGAAGCCAGCAAUGCAAUGGCUCUAGAUGGAAUUAUUUUUGAGGGUGCACCAGUCAAGGUCAGGAGACCCACUGAUUAUAAUCCUUCUCUAGCUGCCGCCCUAGGUCCAAGCCAACCUAACCCAAACCUUAAUCUGGGCGCCGUCGGCCUAUCACCUGGAUCUGCUGGGGGACUUGAUGGUCCUGAUCGAAUUUUUGUUGGUGGAGUUCCUUAUUACUUUACUGAAACACAGAUCAGGGAACUUUUAGAGACUUUUGGUCCUCUUCGGGGUUUUGAUCUAGUGAAAGAUAGAGAAACAGGGAAUUCAAAGGGUUAUGCAUUUUGUGUUUAUCAAGAUCUUGCCGUUACCGAUAUUGCUUGUGCAGCUCUCAAUGGAAUUAAAAUGGGUGAUAAGACCCUUACUGUUAGACGGGCUAAUCAAAACACAAACCCAAUGCAGCCUAAGCCUGAGCAAGAGAGCAUUUUAAUGCAUGCACAGCAGCAGAUUGCUCUCCAGAAACUUAUGUUACAACCAGCAUUAGUGGCAACAAAGGUGCUGUGUUUAACUCAUGCAGUUUCUCCGGAUGAGCUCAAAGAUGACGAGGACUAUGAAGAGAUUCUUGAUGAUAUGCGACAAGAGUGCUCCAAAUUUGGUAAUUUGGUGAAUGUGGUGAUUCCUCGCCCACGACCCGAUGGUGAACUAUGCCCUGGAGUUGGAAAGGAAAUAAUGGCGUGAUUCAUGCAGUCAAUCUCACCUAGCAAACAAAGCUUUUGCUGUUUUGUUAUAUUAUAGAUUGUUCAAUUGUUUUUCUCACAGAUUUAUUUUAUAUACAAAAUUUUAAAGAUGCAUCUUAUGAUAUGUUGCCACAGCAUUUAACUAGUAUGACAACUAGUGUGUGUUUCUAACUUGUUAAAUGAUGUGACAACACAUCAUUGGAUAUAAAUUCAACUCAUUUCUUUUUGUCAAAUACUGCAUUAUUUGAUUCUAAAUAAAGCAUUUGCUAAAAAUUACCUAUGGAAAAUGAAAAUUGUAAGUUGUUGAUAAAUGCUUAUGAAUUUGUGUUUUAGGGGCAACUAUUAUAUGCAAAAAUUGUGGCUGUAGAAUCAAUUUUGUUCUUGUUGCAGGUAUUUUUGGAGUAUGCUGAUGUUGAAGGUUCUGCAAAAGCUCGUGCUGGAUUGAAUGGAAGAAAAUUUGGGGGAAAUCAAGUAGUAGCUGUCUAUUAUUCAGAGAACAAAUUUGCUGAGGGAGAUUAUGAAGGCUAAUUGUG